AUAAGAAGGGGGGCACGAGAGACCCCGUUGCGUUUUGACCCCCGAAACGACUCCCGAUCUCCAGCAUCGCUCCCGCCUCCAUUCGGCUUUUAUACCGCAUACGCGCACACACUAAGACACACGCAUAUCCUUUUCCAGCUUGUUGUCUCGGUCCAUGGAUGUGCUGAUACACCGAGCAGAUCGCCACACUGCCGCCGCGAUCUGCGUCUCUCCAGCCCGCCAAGCAACACCGAUUCACCGCCGAACAGCCUGAGAGAUAUAGAACCAGAGAGAGAGAGAGAGAGAGAUAGAGGAUCCUCGCGACUCAAGAAGAAGAAGAAGUUAAUGAUAGUGAUUGUGCCUUGGUCCUGAGUCCCGGACUGCCAGACCGGUGUGUGUGUUGUCUUCCGCGAGGAGAGCGCGGCUUUCCGUGGCGCAUGGAGAAAAGGUAUGAAGAGCUGGUGCAGUACCCAGGGUCAGAGGUCAUGCCUGUGGGGGGGUACGGGGAGGUGAUGAGGUCACUACCACCACCUCACUAUGGCCAUGGCGUUCCUGACUCUCUCAAACACUACCGUGAUCAGAUCUACGGCCACCCUCUGUUUCCACUCUUGGCCUUGGUGUUUGAGAAAUGUGAACUGGCCACAUGCUCACCACGUGACUCCAGCUCGUUGUCAAAUGCAUCCCAUCAUCCCAGCAUGACAGGUCACAGUGACGUCUGUUCUUCCGAAUCGUUCAACGAAGAUAUCGCGGCCUUCGCCAAACAGAUCCGUUCAGAGAAACCCAUCUUUUCAUCAAAUCCAGAACUGGACAAUCUGAUGAUCCAGGCCAUCCAAGUACUACGCUUUCACCUACUCGAGCUAGAAAAGGUUCAUGACCUGUGUGAUAAUUUCUGUCAUCGCUACAUCACCUGUCUGAAGGGCAAAAUGCCCACUGAUUUGGUUCUAGAGGAUCGCGAGUCAGGAUCCAAAUCUGACAUGGAGGAUUUCACUGCCUCUUGCACAAGUCUUUCAGAGCAGAAUCAGUCUUGGUUGCGAGACACAGAUGACUGUUUGUCAACACCGUCAGGCACUCCGAGCGCUUCCUGUGGACUCGCAACGCACAGCGUGGACGCUUGCAGCGACGCUGGAGAUGGGCUUGACGGAGCUGUAGCAUCUCCUAGCACAGGAGAAGAGGAUGAGACAGAUCGAGACAGACGAAACAACAAGAAACGAGGGAUCUUUCCCAAAGUGGCAACCAACAUCAUGAGAGCUUGGCUCUUCCAGCACCUAUCACAUCCAUACCCUUCCGAAGAACAGAAAAAACAACUCUCUCAAGACACAGGACUCACCAUCCUUCAGGUCAACAACUGGUUUAUAAACGCCCGACGCAGAAUAGUCCAGCCCAUGAUUGACCAGUCAAAUCGCUCAGGUCAAGGUGCUCCAUACAGCCCAGAAGGAGGCACGCUAGGAGGUUAUGGAUUAGACAGUCAGCCUCACUUAGGCCUUCGGACAGCAGGGCUUCAGGGAAUGCCGUCUCUGCCUGCAGACUACCCCGGAGCGCUCUUACCCCAGCCAGGGUACACACAUGCGGCUCCAUCGCUGCACCCUUACCCCAGCCCCCACCCUGCCAUGCUACUGCACCCACCCCCUCAUCCGCACUCCACCGAGCCUCUAAUAGGACAAGGCCUGGACAUCCAUGCCCACUGAGAGUGGGGGAGGGGAAGGGGCUGAAACGAAACCGGGCUCACACACUCCGAGUGCACUAGUUUCACUUCAGUAACAUGACAGCACGAUUUGAUAAACUUUGACACCUUGUCAUGUUAUGACACUAACCCUUUAUAAUCACUGUCUUAAAAGCUGACACAAAACC